AUGGCUGAAGUCAGUCCAGAGCUCCAAGAGCGGCUUGAAGAGUUGGAUCGCGAGCUCGAGGAAGGAGAUAUUACACAGAAAGGCUAUCAGAAGCGACGAACCCAACUUUUCUCCCAAUUCCUCGGUGCACCUCCACCUCAAAUUGCUGCUCUCGCCGAACCUCAGUCAGGUCUACGCAUACAUUCUCCCGACGACUCGGACCAUCCUUCAGGCGAUGGCCAUCGCGCCGCUGCAUUUGCCGCUCUCGGUAGCAGCAGCGGUCCAAUUCCAGACUCACCAGAUGCACCUGUAUACCGACCGCUCUCCGGCUAUGCUCCUUCAGAAUCACCAAGACCUCCUCCAGCACAACCCCCACCUUCCUUGCUGCGCCCGGGAGGUUCUCUGGCUGGAGGAUCGACCGCUGCUCACCGCGACUCCCUCUUCUUCUCCCCCUCCCAUCUCGAACCUGAGACCCGAACGGGUACUAUGAUGUCGGGCGACUAUGCAUUCAGACCUGAGCAACAAGGCGCAUAUGGCGAAUCCCAGCACCAACAGCAUCAAUUCCAGCAACAACCACCUCAACAGCAGCACGACGGGCAGCAGUACGAUGGUCAGCAGUAUGAUGGACGAACUGCAACGCUUCUCGAUUCGCAAGGAUACUUCUCAGAUUUUGCAGGACAGCAGCACUAUGACCAGGGCCAAACUGCCGAGUAUGUUGGACCUCAACAGCGAUAUUCUUCUAGCGACGCCUUUUCUCCAACCGCCGCAAUGGCACCUCCGAUGCUUACAACCAACGAUCUUCCACCACCAGAAGCGCUCGAGUACCAGCUUCCCCUUGAUCCUCGCGAGGUACCAUUCGCUAUUCAAGACCCCCAUGACGAUUCUACGCCAAUGUCAAAGUUCGAUAACAUCGCAGCUGUACUAAGACAUAGAGGCCGAACGAUUGCUAAGAAACCGGCAUACUGGGUGCUGGAUAGCAAGGGCAAGGAGAUUGCUUCAAUUACAUGGGAUAAGCUGGCGUCUAGGGCGGAGAAGGUUGCGCAAGUCAUCCGCGACAAGAGCUCUCUAUACCGAGGUGAUCGAGUUGCUCUCAUCUACCGCGAUUCAGAGGUUAUUGAUUUCGCCAUUGCUUUGUUGGGAUGCUUCAUUGCUGGAGUUGUUGCCGUUCCCAUCAAUGAUUUGCAGGACUACCAACGCUUGAACCACAUUCUUACCACAACGCAAGCUCAUCUAGCGCUGACCACCGAUAACAACCUCAAAGCCUUCCAACGAGAUAUUACUACACAAAAGUUGACAUGGCCAAAGGGCGUCGAAUGGUGGAAGACAAACGAGUUUGGCAGUUAUCACCCUAAGAAGAAAGAGGACGUCCCAGCCUUGGUUGUUCCCGAUUUGGCCUAUAUCGAGUUUUCGCGAGCGCCGACCGGAGACUUGAGAGGUGUCGUUCUUAGCCACCGAACCAUUAUGCACCAAAUGGCUUGUCUCAGUGCGAUUAUUUCUACUAUUCCGGGAAAUGGACCAGGAGAUACAUUCAACCCGUCUCUUCGCGACAAGAACGGCCGACUUAUUGGUGGCGGCGCAAGCAGCGAAAUUCUGGUCUCGUACCUUGAUCCCCGUCAGGGCAUUGGCAUGAUUCUGAGUGUGCUGCUGACCGUCUACGGUGGCCACACCACUGUUUGGUUCGACAACAAAGCUGUUGAUGUUCCUGGACUGUACGCCCACCUUCUUACCAAGUACAAAUCGACCGUCAUGAUCGCCGACUACCCAGGAUUAAAGCGAGCCGCUUAUAACUACCAGCAAGAACCAAUGGUGACCCGAAAUUUCAAGAAGGGAAUGGAGCCAAACUUUCAGAUGAUCAAGCUUUGUUUGAUUGACACUUUGACUGUAGAUAGCGGGUUCCACGAAGUUUUGGCUGACCGAUGGCUAAGACCGUUGAGAAAUCCUCGUGCCCGUGAGGUUGUCGCACCUAUGCUUUGUCUACCUGAGCAUGGAGGCAUGGUGAUUAGUGUGCGCGACUGGCUAGGAGGAGAAGAGCGUAUGGGAUGCCCAUUGAAGCUUGAACUCGAAGAUGAUACAGAGUCUGAUGAAGAGAAGGAGGAAACAGAGAAGCCAGCGAUUUCAAACGGCUUUGGUAGUCUCUUGUCAGGUGGUGGCACGGCGACAACCGAAGAGAGGGCAAAGAAUGAGCUUGGUGAAGUCCUUUUGGAUCGCGAGGCUCUGAAAACCAACGAAGUUGUGGUAGUGGCCAUUGGUAAUGACGCCCGGAAAAGGGUGACAGAUGAUCCAGGCUUGGUUCGAGUUGGUUCUUUCGGAUACCCCAUACCAGAUGCCACACUCUCCGUUGUCGAUCCAGAAACGGGUUUACUGGCCUCGCCACAUUCUGUGGGUGAAAUCUGGGUCGACUCGCCUUCUCUUUCAGGCGGUUUCUGGGCACAGCCAAAGAAUACCGAGCUGAUUUUCCAUGCUCGUCCUUACAAGUUUGACCCAGGUGACCCUACACCACAGCCCGUAGAGCCCGAGUUCUUGCGAACAGGCUUGCUGGGUACCGUCAUCGAGGGUAAAAUCUUUGUCCUGGGUCUUUACGAAGACCGAAUUCGACAAAAGGUUGAGUGGGUUGAGCAUGGACACGAACUAGCUGAGUACCGCUACUUCUUUGUCCAGCACAUCGUUGUGAGCAUCGUAAAGAACGUCCCAAAGAUUUACGAUUGUUCAGCCUUUGACGUCUUUGUCAAUGAUGAACACUUGCCGGUCGUGGUGCUGGAGUCAGCAGCUGCAUCAACAGCGCCGUUAACAUCUGGAGGACCUCCUCGACAACCGGAUACAGCUCUGCUAGAGUCAUUGGCUGAGCGUUGUAUGGAGGUUCUCAUGACAGAGCAUCAUCUGAGACUGUACUGCGUUAUGAUCACAGCACCAAACACGUUGCCUCGUGUCGUUAAGAACGGACGACGGGAGAUUGGUAACAUGCUUUGUCGCCGGGAGUUUGACCUCGGCAAUCUUCCAUGCGUGCACGUCAAGUUUGGCGUGGAACAUGCAGUGCUUAACCUUCCUAUUGGUGUGGACCCCAUGGGUGGUAUCUGGUCACCAUUAGCUUCGGAAUCUCGUGCCGAAUUUUUAUUGCCUGCUGACAAGCAAUACUCUGGUGUUGACAGACGUGAAGUCGUUAUCGAUGACCGGACUUCAACACCUCUAAACAACUUUUCUUGCAUUUCAGACCUUAUUCAAUGGCGAGUGGCCCGCCAGCCAGAAGAGCUAGCGUACUGCACAAUCGAUGGCAGAGGCCGAGAAGGCAAGGGCGUCACAUGGAAGAAGUUCGACACCAAGGUCGCUUCUGUUGCCAUGUACCUGAAGAACAAGGUCAAGGUGAGGCCAGGGGACCACAUUAUCCUUAUGUACACACAUUCAGAGGAGUAUGUCUUUGCCAUUCAUGCUUGUAUCAGCUUGGGCGCAAUUGUCAUUCCUAUCGCACCCCUUGACCAGAACCGGCUGAAUGAAGAUGUGCCGGCUUUCCUGCAUAUUGUAGCUGAUUACAACGUCAAGGCUGUGCUGGUUAAUGCCGAGGUCGAUCAUCUGAUCAAGGUAAAGCCAGUGGCUAGCCAUAUCAAACAGUCAGCCCAGGUUCUCAAGAUCACGAGCCCUGCGAUCUACAACACAACUAAGCCGCCAAAGCAAAGUAGUGGAUUGAGGGACUUGCGAUUCACCAUUGACCCUGCUUGGAUUCGACCUGGCUAUCCCGUCAUUGUCUGGACUUACUGGACCCCCGAUCAACGACGAAUUUCAGUUCAGCUUGGACAUGACACAAUUAUGGGCAUGUGCAAGGUUCAAAAAGAAACUUGCCAAAUGACAAGUUCAAGACCUGUGCUUGGAUGUGUACGAAGCACGACUGGUCUAGGCUUCAUCCAUACGGCUCUGAUGGGAAUUUAUAUUGGAACGCCAACCUACCUCCUAUCACCCGUCGAGUUUGCAGCCAACCCCAUGUCUCUAUUCGUCACCUUGUCGAGAUACAAGAUUAAGGAUACUUAUGCGACACCACAGAUGCUUGAUCAUGCCAUGAAUUCCAUGCAGGCCAAGGGCUUCACGCUUCAUGAACUUAAGAACAUGAUGAUUACUGCCGAGAGCCGGCCAAGAGUUGAUGUUUUCCAAAAGGUCAGACUUCACUUUGCUGGGGCUGGCCUUGAUAGAACUGCUAUCAACACAGUUUAUUCGCAUGUUCUCAACCCCAUGGUUGCGUCGCGGUCGUACAUGUGCAUCGAGCCUAUUGAGCUUUGGUUGGACAUGCAAGCGCUUCGACGUGGUUUGGUUAUUCCUGUGGACCCUGAAUCAGAUCCUCUGGCCCUACUGGUACAGGACAGCGGUAUGGUUCCAGUUUCAACUCAAAUAGCCAUCAUAAACCCUGAAAGUAGGAUACACUGUCUUGAUGGCGAGUAUGGUGAAAUUUGGGUCGAUUCUGAAGCUUGUGUCAAGUCGUUUUAUGGCUCCAAGGACGCUUUUGACGCCGAGCGCUUUGAUGGCCGAGCUCUUGACGGCGAUCCCAAUAUCCAGUAUAUCCGUACUGGAGACUUGGGUUUCCUUCACAAUGUUAGCCGACCUAUUGGCCCUAACGGUGCUCAGGUGGACAUGCAAGUAUUGUUUGUUCUCGGCAAUAUUGGUGAGACCUUUGAGAUUAAUGGGUUGAGCCACUUCCCAAUGGAUAUUGAGAACUCGGUGGAGAAAUGCCACAGAAACAUUGUACAGAAUGGCUGUGCGGUGUUCCAAGCUGGUGGUUUGGUGGUUGUUCUUGUCGAAGUCAACCGCAAGCCGUAUCUGGCGUCGAUUGUUCCCGUCAUUGUCAAUGCAAUUCUCAAUGAACACCAAAUCAUUGUAGAUAUCGUUGCAUUCGUCAACAAGGGAGACUUCCCACGGUCUCGACUAGGAGAGAAGCAGCGUGGCAAGAUUCUCGGUGGCUGGGUCAGCAGAAAACUGAGGACUCUCGCCCAGUUCUCCAUUCGAGAUAUGGAUGCUGAAUCCACAGCAGGCGAUAUGAUGGAUCAUUCUAGAGCAUCGAUGGUCAGCGUACGAAGCGGAGGCGCUGCUCCCGGAUCGUCUAGUUUGAGAAACGUCGAACCUGCACCUCAGAUCUUGGAAGAGGAACAUGAUCAGAUGACUCCUCGUUAUGAAUACGAAGCGGCACCUACCAUGAUUUCUGAACUACCUGAUGGCCAAGAGACACCGACAGGGUUUCAGCACUCGCAGUUUGAACACCCACCUCAAUCUGCCGGUUCUCAACCACAGCUGAACCUUUCUCACCAACCCGACCAAGGAUUCAAUAUGGACUUUUCACGAUAUAGUUCAGUAGAGCCUGAUCAUAAUCCUCUCCAUAGACGUCCAGUCCCAGGCCAAUCCCAACACGAGCCUAUGCAAGGGCACGGUCAAGCGCCGCCCCAGAUUCGGCUACCAGGUGUUGAUGGGCGAGAAGAAGGAGGUUUCUGGUCACAGCAGGAGAAGAACGAGAAGAGCGAAGAAGAUUGGACAGCUGAUGCCAUGAUGCAUAUGAAUCUGGCAGGUGAUAUGAACCCUCCACGAUGA